AUGCCGUCUCUGCCGGUGCUCCCUUUCUCCGAGUGCGUCUUGCUGGUCUGGGCGCUGCUGGUCGGCAGCACCGGCGGCGGCGAGGGCGCAGGCCCGGGCGGAGGGCGCCGGGAGAGGGAGGCGCUGCCGCCGCAGAAGAUCGAGGUGCUGGUCCUGUUGCCCCGGGACGACUCCUACCUGUUCUCUCUGGCCCGGGUGCGGCCGGCCAUCGAAUACGCGCUGCGCAGCGUGGAGGGCAACGGGACCGAGCGGCGGCUGCUGCCACCCGGCACUCGCUUCCAGGUGGCCUACGAGGACUCGGACUGCGGCAACCGCGCGCUUUUCAGCCUGGUGGACCGCGUGGCGGCGGCACGCGGCGCCAAGCCAGACCUCAUCCUGGGGCCGGUGUGCGAGUACGCGGCGGCGCCGGUGGCCCGGCUGGCGUCGCACUGGGACCUGCCCAUGCUGUCGGCAGGGGCGCUGGCCGCCGGCUUCCAGCACAAGGACGCGGAGUACUCGCACCUCACGCGCGUGGCCCCCGCGUACGCUAAGAUGGGCGAGAUGAUGCUCGCCCUGUUCCGCCACCACCAGUGGAGCCGCGCCGCGCUCGUCUACAGCGACGACAAGCAGGAGCGGAACUGCUACUUCACCCUCGAAGGGGUCCACGAAGUCUUCCAGGAGGAGGGGUUGCAUACGUCCGCCUACAAUUUCGAUGAGACCAAAGACUUGGAUCCGGACGAUAUCGUGCGCUACAUCCAGGCCAGUGAGCGAGUGGUGAUCAUGUGUGCAAGCAGCGACACCAUCCGGGGCAUCAUGCUGGCAGCGCACAAGCACGGGAUGACCAGUGGAGACUACGCCUUCUUCAACAUCGAGCUCUUCAACAGCUCCUCCUACGGAGAUGGCUCGUGGAAGAGAGGAGACAAACAUGACUUUGAAGCGAAGCAAGCAUACUCAUCCCUGCAGACAAUCACUCUACUGAGGACAGUGAAGCCGGAGUUCGAGAAGUUUUCCAUGGAGGUGAAAAGUUCUGUUGAGAAACAAGGACUCAAUGAGGAGGAUUAUGUUAACAUGUUUGUUGAAGGAUUCCAUGAUGCCAUCCUCCUCUAUGUUCUGGCUUUACAUGAAGUGCUCAGAGCUGGUUACAGCAAGAAGGAUGGAGGGAAAAUUAUCCAGCAGACUUGGAACAGAACAUUUGAAGGUAUUGCCGGGCAGGUGUCCAUAGAUGCCAACGGAGACCGGUAUGGGGACUUCUCCGUGAUUGCAAUGACAGACCCAGAGGCGGGCACCCAGGAGGUUAUCGGUGAUUACUUCGGAAAAGAAGGUCGUUUUGAAAUGCGGCCGAAUGUCAAAUAUCCUUGGGGACCUUUAAAACUGAGAAUAGAUGAAACCAGAAUUGUGGAGCACACAAACAGCUCUCCUUGCAAAUCAUCAGGUGGUCUAGAAGAAUCGGCAGUGACAGGAAUUGUUGUGGGGGCCUUACUAGGAGCUGGUUUGUUAAUGGCCUUCUACUUUUUCAGGAAGAAAUACAGAAUAACCAUUGAGAGGCGAAGCCAGCAAGAAGAAAGUAACGUUGGAAAACAUCGAGAGUUACGGGAAGAUUCUAUCAGAUCCCAUUUUUCAGUGGCUUAA